GGGAGCCGGAAGCGGAUGUUCUCCCGCUCCCCGCGCCAUUCCGGGUCCGGGUGAGGCGGCACCAUGACGGCCCGCGGGUCCCCCAGCCGGUUCCUGAGCGCCGUCCUGCACAACGGCGUGGGCCGCUACGUGCAGCAGCUGCAGCGCCUCCAGCUCCUCUUCAGCCCCACCGCGGCCGACUCCCGCGGCGCCAGGCAGUUCGUGGAAGAGGCAGCGCUGGACUUCGCCCGGCGACACCCCGCGGUGGUGCUGUACGUCAGCCCGCGGCCCGGGCUGGCCCCCGCGCUGCUGGCCGAGUACCUGAACGGGACAGUGCGGGAGGAGGUGAUUGCCAGCAAGACAAGCGAGGAGAUCAUGCAGUUGGCCACCAAGCUGGCGGGCCAGUCCGGCCUCGACAUCAUCCGCAUCCGCAAGCCCUUCCACACCGACAACCCCAGUGUGCAGGGCCAGUGGCACCCGCUCACCAACAAACCCUCCGCCCUCACCGUCCAGGGCCCGCGGCUGCAGCCCCAAUAAAGCCUCUGCCCCCA